CUCCAACUAUAAAGCUUCCAUGUAGAGUUUCAUAUUAUGUGCUCAUUUUUCAAAAGAAGGGAAAAAAGAUAUGGAGAAAAGCAAGUUUCUGACAAGUCUAGUAAUUCUAAUACUUGUGUUGCCAUAUGCAAAUGCAACCUUGCCAGGGCCUAAAGCUAAGAAGCACUUCGUGUUGGUUCAUAGGGGAAGCCAUGGAGCCUGGUGCUGGUAUAAGAUUGUGGCAUUGAUGAGAUCUUCAGGGCAUAGUGUCACAGCUAUUGACUUGGCGGCUUCAGGUAUCAAUCCCAAGCAGGCCCGUGAAGUCCCACAUUUGUCCGAUUACUUUAGUCCCCUAAUGAAGUUCAUGGUUUCACUUCCUGCACAUGAAAAAGUGGUCCUUGUAGGCCAUGAAUUUGGUGGCUUUGCCAUUUCUAAAACCAUGGAAAGCUUUCCGGAAAAGAUUUCAGUUGCUGUAUUUGUCACUGCUCUAAUGCCUGGUCAAACUCUCAAUGCAACCACCAUCUACACCGAGCUCUUGGCAUUCACUGGUGUAUUAUCUGCACUUGAUAAUCGUGUUACUUAUGAUAAUGGACCUACCAAUCCUCCAACAACCUUGAGUUAUGGUCCCAAGUACUUGGCAACUAAGUUUUACAAUAAGAGUCCAAUUCAGGAUUUCGUGCUGGCCACUACAGUCUUAAGGCCGAUAUACAUAUAUAGUGUGGAAGAUAUUUCUAAGGAGAUAGUCGUGUCAAGCAGAAGGUAUGGAUCAGUUAGGCGACUAUUCAUUGUUGCUGCUGAUGAUAACCUUCUGAAGAAGGAAUUUCAAAAGUGGAUGAUUGAAAAGAAUUCAGCAGAUGACGUGGAAGAGAUCGAGGGCUCUGACCACAUGAUCAUGAUGUCUAAGCCCAAACAACUUUUUACUACACUUUUAAGCAUAUCUAACAAGUAUAGCUAAGAGAUCUUAAUUAAGAAGAAUAAGAGAAACAGGUGUAAUUAAGGCUGAGAAUAAAACUUCAGUCAAUUCACAUAUCUGAUGCAUUGAUAUGACUAUUUCAAUUCUUCCAUAUAAGUCCUACU